CCAGCUGGCAGCAACACACACACUCGGCCUCUCAGAGUGACCGUAAAGAAACAGUCCUCUCCUGAAGCUCUGCAGCUCUGAAGUGACUGGUCAGCAUGACUGCGCUCCUGCUCCUGUCGCUGCUCCUCUUCUUCGGAGGUCAAAGGUCGUCAGCAUGCCCCCACCUUUGCUCCUGUCACGGCAGUCAGGUGAAUUGCAGCAGCAGGUCUCUCACCUCCUCCCAGCUGCCCACCCACUUCCCUGCUGGGACAACCCAUCUCCAUCUCCACAACAACCUGCUCAGCAGCCUCCCUAAUGGGCUCCUGGAUGAUUUUCCCUCCCUCCGCUCUGUCUCCCUUCAUGGUAACCCCUGGGUGUGUGACUGUGGCAUCCUCUACCUGCGAGCCUGGCUCCUGCGACAGCCUGCCACCCUCAUGUCACACAUGGGCGUCAACUGCAGCUCCCCUCCCAGCCUGAGAGGGCGGCUGGUGGUGUAUUUAACUGAGCAGGAGGUCCUGGACUCCUGCCACUACUGGUACUGUGACCUGGCUUUGGCUUCGCAGGUGUGUCUGUUUGUGUUUGUAAUGGUGCAGGCGGCUCUGCUGGUGGCUCUCCUCGUGUUCCUGAGGAAGUUUGAAAGGCUGUCCAAAGAGGCGAGGAGAACCACAGAGGAGAGCUUCACAGCCGGGGAGGGUCUGAAGGAGAACGUCUACAUGCAUUUCAAGGACAGCAGCAUCUGAGAAGGAGCUGUGAUGUGUGAUUGUUUGAUGCAAAAGAGGAAAAAAAGCUGUUAUUUGCACACUGGAGAGAAAAUGUCUCUCACAGGCUUUUGUGUUUCAGACUAUAUUUCUGAAAUAAUUCUCAAGAUAUUUUUAUGGAAUUUUUACUUGGAAUGGUUUGAUAAGUAUGAAAACAACAUGAAUCAUCACCAGAUCUCAACCCGAUUCUAAUUUAGAGCCCAUUUACACUGAAGCUGUUCUGGCAUCUUGUCAGGGCCCAACACCUCACAAAGAGACUUUAUGUUGUUUUUUCCCUUUUGUUUUUUUAUGUGUUUUUCUAAUGUGGCACCCGUGUGUGUCCGUACACCACCACAUACCACUGUACACCACCUUUGAAUAGACUAAUUGAAAAUAGAUAUUAAUAGUAGUCUGCACCACAGCCUGACCGAUAUUGGAUUUUUCAGGCUGAUACCAAUGUCGAGUAGCUUUUCCAGGAACAAUAUACUGGAUGAUAUUAAUGUCGUACCAUUGACAAGAUUUUGAUAUGGAUCCCUUCAUUUUGGUUACUGAGCAGGACAUUUUACAGUUGAUAAAUUAACUUGUCGGUGCUGUCUGAUGGAAAAACUUUUGUAACUGUAAACUAUCGCAAAUGUAUCACUUGUAUUUCUGCACUGCAGUUCUUUCUUACGUACCAGUCAAACACUGAUGCUGAUAUACCUUCGCUAACCUAGUUGUACUCAUUACACUUGUUCCUAAUAAGGUUUUAAUUGACAUAAUGAUCUUCAAGACUCUGAAUCUUUUUUCAAAGGUUUCUUGUGGUUGAAAAAAAUUUUAAAUAAAAAUGGAUAUGUUUGUAAAAGUUUGUCUGGGACCUUGAUGCUUCAUGUGAAGAUUUGAGCAUUUGAAUAAAACACAAAACAAAUGGUAAAGGUGUAACUAAAAUUUACUGACAUUGUAUGGCAAUAUUGUGUAUUUAAUCUUUUUAAAACACA